AUGACAUCAGCACAAAAUAGUGUAUUUGAUAUAUUGGACGGUACAGAUGAAUUUCCUCUUCUAAAUAAGGUUUCAAAAGACUCAUUUGCUGUUGGUCUUGACUCUCUUCUUGAUAAUUUGGAUAGUAAUAAUAAUGAUGAUUCGCUCAUAGAUUCAUUCAAUCCUGACCAAUUCCUCUACAAGAAUUUCCGUUUUAUUUCGCUAGCGGAUCUUAAUUCCGAACUUACACGGCUCCAUGAAUCACUUGAUCGUGAGCUUUUUGAUCUUGUGAAUGAUGAUUAUCACGAUUUCGUGAAACUUGCAACCCUGUUGAAUAACAACACUUUUGUCAGUCUUGUUAGCAAUAUCAGAUUAUCUGUGGCAAACUAUCAUGUGAAUAUUAAUUCUCAACAGAGUGCAUUUACUAAAGAUUUUGAAACAGUAGAUAGGGCUAUUUGUUUCAAAAAGAAAUUGGAUCUUACCAGAUCCAUGUUAGAAAAAAUAUUGUUAUUGCAUCGAUCACUUGAUAUUUUUGAGAAACUUGUGGUUGAACACUCCACAAUUAAUGGCAAUGAUGUCGAUUUGGCAUAUAGCUCUUCUAAUGAAAAUAUAAUACUGAACUCAAGUACCGAUUCUAAAGACCCAUUUGAAGUGAUACUAGAAUCACAAGCAACAUUUGGAGAGGGCAAAGAUUUAGAUUUAAAAGUUAUUAAAGAAAUGGCAUCUUUAUAUCUUUCAACGCAUAUUUUAGAGCAGUACCUAACAGAGAAGGUUUCUGGAGCUCUGAAGGCAACAAAUGAUAAGGAAUUUCUAGAAAUACCUGACAUAGAAGAAAGUUUCAAGACUAAGGAUGUAUUGGAAAAUAUUCAGAAACUCAAUAAAUUAACAUUAAAAAAUCUUUUACAACCAUCAACUUCAAAUCCCAAUGGUGAUGAAAUGAAUGAGGAAGAUGAUGACGUUUACCAUAAUUCUGAUGAUGAUCCUACAUCAGUACUCAAAACUAGUCCAUUUCUCAGUGCUCAAUUCCGUCGAGCGAACAAAGUACACCUUGAAUUCCGCGCUAUAGUCGAUGAGUAUCUUAAAAAACUUGUUUCGGGAAAAAAAAAAUCUCUAGAUUCUGCAGUAUCAUCUGCAAUUGAUUUGAUUACCAGUCCUACCGAUGAUCUUGUGGAGGUAUUCGGCAACAAAAAACUGCAAGACGCUGAUCUUAAAAAAACCUUCUUGGAACUAAAAAGUUCGCUUGAAGGGGAUGGUAGUGGGAACGAAUUGUUAGAGCUAAUGGGGAUUUAUUUGAUUAUUGGAUGUGAAGAAGAGUUUAUAAAAAUCUUGAAGAAAUAA